CACGCACACGCGUAUAUACGCGUACUAUAUAAAAGUGCCUAUAUAAAAGUGUCAUCACGCCAUUCCCGAGGAUAGUUGGGUGCUGCGCAUCGAGCGAACAUGAUCGAGUUUCUAGUACUGUUCCUUGCUGUUUACGGGACGCUGGUGCCGUAUAAUGAUGCGGCGGGAGUCGGCAGGUUGCCCGGUACAGAAAAUCUCAACGAAAAGGCGAUCCCGUUAUCUCGCUUAUCCGCUACGGAAACGAGUAGGCCAUCAUCACCACCACCAGGGAAUAAAAAUCUGGCGGAAAGAGCUCAGGUAGCUGGACUGACUCAGACUAUGUAGUGGAGAAAUGAAUCCUUGAUGGCUUCCUGAAGAUAUUGUCGCAGCCUUUCAAUAAUAUCGAAUAAAAGAUGAAAAACUUUACUCGAAAACUUUGAGACAUGAUUUCAUAAUUUAAUUAUGGAUUAUUUGUUAUUAGUGUGAUCUUCCUGGAUUACAUUAUUCGUUAUAAAAUAAAUAAUUUCAAAUUUAUUGUGCGGUGAUGAUGUAAUUUUGAGCGUGGCGACAAUCUGCGAAAAGUUCGUUGAAGAAAAUACAUGGUUUGCGGCUUUUCAUUCCCUCCGCAUUGUUAUUUCGCUAGAUUGCUGUUAUUACUGUAUAAUAGUAAUUGUAUAGACAAAGCAGAGUAGUAUAGUUAGCUCAAAGCAAGAAAUAAAGAAAUGGAUUUCAUUAAAAAUGCAA